UUAAAAAAAAAUAUAUAUAUAAAAUUAGAUUGAGAUGAAAGAAAUAAAAGACAAGGGGUUACGAUAUUACGAACUAAAACAACUAGGACUUAAAAACUAAGGCAAUGAAUGAUGAGGCACCUUAAGUAAAAGCCAGGAAAAAUAGAUAUGUCUUAAGAUUAGAGAUCUUAAGAUCUAUAGCUAUAUAAAUGUCCACAGAGGUGGAGUCUCUGAGAUCCUCAGGCAGACCGCUCCAGAGACCAGGGCCUACAAGACAAAGAGCCCGGCUGCAAAGGACCUGAGGGACCUGCAGGAAGAGGUGGAGCCUGGAGCUUGGAGCACAAGCAGACAUGGAAGAAACGGGUCUGGGUGUUUCUGAUGUAGUGAGGACGAUCCUACAAAGUGCAGCAGCGGGUUUCGCUUUUGGAGAAGCCGCAUUAUUUGCCAUUGAGCCCACACUGAUCCAAGAUGGCGACCUGCUGAGCGCUGCGACUCUGGCCGCUGGCCUAGCCGGCUCCACCGGUGUUGGGGUGGUGACGGCAUGCCUUGCAUUCACCUCAGUGCUGCUUUCCCUGGGAUGCGGUUUCCUCCUUGCUGCCAUGGCGAUGAAGCUGUGGUCCAAAGUUGGAGUGAGGCUGCCGUGGUUAGUGGAGGCCACAGCGGGAGCCUCCGUCGUGGUGGGCGCUGUCACUACUGGGGUGUUAGCAGGCAUCCUUCCACCCUGGAUCUACAUCGCAGCACAGGUUAUUCUGGUCCUCGUGGUCUACUCGUACACUAAUAUCAAUGACAUGACCACGGCUCUGUUAAUCAUCUUCACCACUCUCUACCUCAGCGUCCUGUAUGGAAGAUUGGGCGCCAUAGUUGGACUCUUCGUCGUGGGUUUCACCAUCUCUCUGCUUUGUGGCCUUCGAAAGGCUCUGACAGAGAGGAUAGCGCAGAGACCAAAAACAGAGUGCGGGCUUUUACAGAGGAUAUUCUUCUAUUCUGUUUUUGUGGGGAUAAUGGGAUUUUCAGUAGGCUUAGGGGCCGGAGAGGCAGGAGACGGCUGUGAAGCAGAGGUGGUUCUGAUGUUUGAGUCGGUCGUCUGGGUGGUGUUUCUGUCUGCAGGCCUGCUAGGAGCUGGCUUGGGAACAGUGGCCAUGGUCGGGCUGGGGCCGGAGGUAGCUGGAAAGGUCGCCGUGGGAGCUGCUGUAAUAUCAUCGGUUGCCCUGAGAGCCAUCCACACGAGCUCCUCUCUUGGGGCCCGGAGCAGCAUGGGGGGAGCGUUGGGAGCAGCUACAGCUGCAGGGGUGUCACUCGGAGCUGCGAGCGUUGCAGCUAAACAGGCAUUCAAGUCUAGAAAUUUAGCUUUAGCAGUUUUAGCUUCAGUUGUUGUUGGUGCAAUCGUGGCCAUGCGAGGUUUAGCACUGAGAUCAAUUCUGCCGACGACAUCAGAACUUAUAACUGUCACCCUCGUUGCACUGGGGGCAUUUGUCCUGGGUGCACCAAAGAGCCCGUUCCACACUCAGGUGAAUCUACAAAGGGGCCUCCUCACGGGGCCACAGCUAAUUAUAGGGAUCGGCAUGGAGACGGUCACCGCGGCAGCAGCACCUAUCGGAGCCGGGGCACUUGGGGCUGCGGCGUUGGGUACUGCAGCUCUGGGGAGACUGGGGACUGUGGGAGUACUUGUGGCCAUUGUAUCGGCACUGGGAAGUACUCUUAGUGGCAUGAUUGGAAAAUCACCACCAACGACAAGAGAACACGCAGACUGAACGUGUAUUUGCAUGUGUGUGUGUGUGAGCAGAUGUCUUUGCAUUAUUGCAAAUCCACAUGGAGAGAAAAAUAAUCAUUGUGUUUCAGUUAAAGCUCAAAUUUAGACUACUGUGGGGUUUUUUUGUUUUGUUUUGUUUUUGUUUUUCAGAAAAAACACAUUUGCUUAAUGAACAAAACUGAAUCAUGUCAUAAAUAUGUAUUAUUGUGGCUUCAGUGUUGAAUUAAAUGAUAAUUUUUCACCUAA